AUUGUUUGCUCUGGCUUCUGUGCUGGAUGAGGUCAUUCACUUGUACAUAGUUCCUGCUUUCAGAAGUUGCUAAAGGCUUUCUCUUUGAACUUGAACUGUGGCUUUUUUGAUUUCCAGAAAGAGCUCUUUGGGGGGGAUGGUUAAUUCUUGCUUUGGGCGCUCUUCUUCACCGCUGUAAGAAACCACCAGAGUCAGAAGGUGCAUUCCUACUAAAGUCUUUUUAUUUGCCACCUUGGAUGUGAAAAGCCUGCCGAUAGCUACUGAGGUGAGGUCAGUCUCUGUAACUUUUGUCACUUAGGCCUUGAUGGGUGACAGGGAUGGGGAUGACUUCCUGGGCUAACUCUUCCCUUGCUGAAAGAUGAUUUUUCACCACCUUGAAUGCUCAUGAUUAAAACAUUAACAGGAAAAUAGAUAUCUGAGGAAAAUGCAGUUGAAGCUAAUUUCAUUUGACUUGUGGAUAAACUGUUGGAACUGCCUUACAAAGUAUUUUAACGGCCCACCUGAGAAUUCAGACCCUAAGGACUCCUAUCUCAUUCCAAGAAACAUCAUGGCCGAGCCAGACUACAUGGAAGAUGACAAUCCUGAACUCAUUAGGCCUCAGAAACUGAUCAAUCCUGUCAAAACCUCCCGGAACCAUCAAGAUCUUCACAGAGAACUGCUUAUGAAUCAAAAAAGGGGUCUUGCUCCUCAGAACAAACCAGAAUUGCAAAAGGUGAUGGAAAAAAGAAAACGAGACCAAGUGAUAAAGCAGAAGGAAGAAGAAGCACAGAAGAAGAAAUCAGACUUGGAAAUAGAGCUAUUGAAACGGCAGCAGAAGUUGGAGCAGCUUGAACUUGAGAAGCAGAAACUUCAAGAAGAGCAAGAAAAUGCCCCCGAGUUUGUGAAGGUGAAAGGCAAUCUCAGGAGAACAGGCCAAGAAGUCGCCCAAGCCCAGGAGUCCUAGGCCGAGGCUGCACCAAGACCCCGCAUGUCCCUGCUUGUCACCUCACAGAGCUGUCUGUGGGUGCCUCCUCAGUCUCAGGGCAGAAGCCCCUGGAGAACAUUCCAGCCAGCAGAGAAUCUUGACUUUCAGAGGAUUUGGUUUGAUUUUCCCCCUCUCUGGGUGGAUGCCUUGCUGUGACAGUUGCCGUUCCUAUUCGCCAAAUGAAGGGCAGCGCCCCGCACAUAAGUCGGAAUGAUGGGCCUGUGUCCAUUAGAGACAUAUCAGAACCAACAAACCAAACAAGGGAGAGGAGGCGGACACUGGAAUCCGUUCUUGAGAGUUGCACUACUUGGUUUUUCUUCUAGUCCAAGUUCAGUGGGACCCAGAGCCUUUUUUCUUUUAAAAGCUAAAAAAAAGUGUUUAAUUCCUCUUUUUGUUAUCUCUUAGGUAAUUUAGAUCACCUAGAAAUGCAUUUAAUCUGUACACCCACUGUUUGUAAUUUUAUUUUGAGCAUCUAGAAUCUUCUUGUUGAAUGUAUACUUUCACCCAUGCUACAGUUACCACCACAGCAGGACCGUUAAUGUUGAGCACAGCCACUACCCUCGUUGGCACUAAAUUUAGAAGCAGGGUGAGAGGGUUUAAAAGCCUGAAAACACCCAUCUUGAUUUUACUUUGAUUCCUUUUGGUUCUCUAUGUGAUAACAGCAGACUACAUAGUGACAUUCCAGUUCCCAGAAGGUACAUCCUGUCCGUUUGUUUAUUGCUUUGAUUACUAGAAGGGUCUUUGUUCAGUUUUAUUUUGAAAUCUCUUACUGGGCUAGUUCUUGUAGAUGGAAUAAUCUUCCAGUCCUUAUAGAGAGUGGAACUAGUCCCUAUAACCCAGCUUCAGUAGCAAAAGUAGAAGGCCUCACGUGGUGGGGCCUUUUCAUUCUUCCCAGAGGAGUGUGGGGAAGGUUCCCGUGACCAUCUGGACAGUGAGGAUUUCUCUAGGUAUUUGAGUGUGAAAUAAGUGUAGAUCGGUCUCAAGGAGGCUUCAUCAGAAGAUUUAUAGCAUUUGGGUGUCUAAUGAUAAUAUUAGAAUCCAAGCUUUGAACGUUUCUGACUAAUGCUCAUUCUUUCUUUGCUUUUUUUCUUGUGAAGAAAGACUGUUUUGCCACUGUCUCAGUGAUGGUGCUGUUGACACAGAUGAUGUCGAUGACUACUAUAUUGCAUCUCUCAGGAACAGCCGACAGGAAGGGAGGGGCUGCUGAGUUCCCUCGUUCUAGCUAGCAGCCCACUCCUCCCAGAGGGGGCUGAGUUACAGACAGCAGCAGCAUUCUCAUGCAGAAUUAGUUUUAAACUGCUGGUGUGGGCACCAGUACCUUCUGCCUGAUGAUAUGGAAGAAUUUGGGGGGAUUUCUUUCUCUCCUUAGAGACAAUUCAGCCAGUCAUUUCUGCAUUGGAGACUCUUAUACUUCUUUGGAAAACUCACAGAAAGCUGGAUCCAGAGCAUUGGAAUCCUUCAUUAGCAUAGUAAAAAUUAGCUUUCUAUGGCAAUGCUUUCAUGUUAGCAGUUGACAAUUAGGCUCAUAUUCAAUCCGAAUGGGAACAAAAGUAAACGCAAUGAUAACAUGCUGCUAGUUAGAGAAGCACGGUCGUUGAUUACACCUGAAAUGGAUUAUUUAUCUCAUCAGCAAGUAUUAUUUGAAUAAAAUAAGAGAUGCUUAAGAAAAAUUGUUGCUCUACAGUAACUUGGUUUCGAAGAAUGGAAUGAUAACUAUUUUUUUCUAUCGUUCUUCGUUUUGAGAAAAAAAAGUGAUGAUGGAUGGUGUUGAGAAGUCCACUGCUGAUUGCACAUUGACUAGAGUCCUUCCUCUGGACUAGUGACGCUGUUUGCAAAAUGCAGAUUCGGGACUGGCUCGUAUCUUUUUAUCUAACUAGAUGUCAGAUCUUGAGAUCUGUGUUCUUGAAGCAAUUCUGCCAUGUGAUCAAAUUCACAAGGGCCCUGACAGGCUCCUUUAGAAGGACCAAUUCUGUUCCUAGAACUUAACUAGAAUUCAUUCUUCACUAAAAAAAAAAAGUUAACUAAAAAAGCUUUUUUUUUUUUCCCUAGUAUCCCUCAAAUCUGCAGAAUUAUUUGUAAUUCAUAAUAUAAAAUAUGGCCAAAAGGAGACUUGUAAAUAGCGUAAAGUGGUGUCUUAUGCUGAAUGGUGGAAUGUAUAGGCAGGGAAGCUCUUUGAAGUUGUCAGAUCAGCUGGGCUCACAAGCCUGAUUGACACAGACUGUCAGCCUCCUCUCACCCCUUAAUACUGUGCAGCGCAAACCCUAGGACUCUUGAACAUCCGAGCUUUGUGCUUUGAGCCACUUUUUGACAAAAAUGGCUCCAUUUGCCCACAGUGUGGUUUUCUUAAAAUAGUUCAGUGUUUUAUAGUCUCAUAGUAGUAGUGUUGCUUUCUAAGCUAUAACAGUCGACUUUAUUCUUCUACUCUGAAAAAACCUUGACUUGUUUGAGUGUAUAUAAUAUAUAUAAAGGGAGCCUUAAUGGAUUGCUUUUCAUAAUUUAAUAUUUUUUGUAUUUGCUCUUGUAUAAUUGUUUUUAACGGAAAGUAUUAAAGAAUUGAGGGUGGAAUUCUUAGAACCAAAGUUAUUCUUAAUAAAAAUCACCACAUGCUUGGACCAUGCA